GAAAAAGCAAAACCAGAGAGCUCUCUCAGUCCAAAAUCAAAGCCUCCAUUGAUAAGAGAAAUUGCCCAAAAAGCAACCGAACUUCAUCCUUCAGCGUUCUAUACGAUGCGCGAAUAACCCAAAAUUUCUUUUACUUCAUCGCUUAGAUUCCUGCUUCCCCUUUUCCCCUAUGAUCGUAUGAUCCUGUUGGAGCACAACUAUUCAAAGGGAAACUUCAAUUAAAAAAAAGGGUACAAUCCAACUUCAAGAUGGCUUCGAAUUCGAUUCUUUACACUCUUCACAGUCCGAUUCUAUGUCUUUUCGUGUUCUUCUCGAGUUUCUUCGGCUACUGUCAUUCCUUCGACGAUUUUGUUCCUCACAAUACAUUCACAGUUUCUAGCCUUACGUACCCUGAUUCCCAGUUGCAGCCAUUUCAACUACGAUAUUUUAGAGUUGAGUUGCCGCCAUGGUUCUCAUCAUUAUCAAUUUCAUUGAACUCAGAUGUAAAUCUUGACAUUACAAAGGCAAGAAAGAUACCGAAGCGUGCUUUGCCUAUUGUUUGCUUCAGAGAAGGCAGUCCUCCGUUGCCGGAAGCUUCGAACACUUCCAUAAUAGAUUCAGGGUUAGCUCCUUUGACGAACAUUUCAAUUGAGGGAAUCCAAGGCCAUCAAAAUCUGGAACAAUGCUAUCCGAUGCAGCGAUAUAUCGAAGUAAAGUUGACAAAUGAGCAGAUAUCUCCAGGAGUCUGGUAUUUUGGUCUUUUCAAUGGCGUCGGGUCUUCAAGAACACAAUCGAAAAUGAUAGUCCGAGGGCCUUCGUAUUCUUUCAGUGCCAACGUUACAGUGGAAGGAUGUUCAUCCUCCACGAUGUUCGGGCAAUAUUGCAAUCAAACAGUCGAUCCGCUCUCAUGUUCUUUAUCCGAUGGUCGUAACAUAGCUGAAAAUGUUUUAGAGGCUAUGUCCUAUAACCGAACAGUCGAAAGUUUGCUUGCGUGCGGGAGUACAUUUAAAACAUUUUGUCUUCAAGAUGGUGAUCCGAAAAUGUACCACUUGGAUGUGGAGGGUGUGGCAGAAGAGCUGACCAUUUCAGCAACAAAUGUGAGUCUCAACUUAACAAAGUCAGAUAGCUCUAGUAAUAUCAGUGGAAUUUGUUUGAUGGGUUUCGCUCGUCUUGGUGCAAUUCCUUCGGUUGUGCUGCAUGAUUAUUCGAGUAACUUAACCACUGGCCCUUUGGUUAUCCGUUCUCCAAAAGUCGGCCGAUGGUAUAUCUCCAUAGCUCCUCUUGAUCUUUCGAAAGAACUUCGAACCGUUCCUGCCAACAAUGUGAGUGUUUGUUAUUCCAUGGAAUCAUAUGUGCUGCAGUGUCCCUAUGGAAAGACUGGACCUAAUUGUACAUGGAACAGAUACGUCCUGCAGGCGAUCGUUGCAAGAAGUUCAUCUCCUUUCGAAUCAUAUUUUAUGCCGAUCAAAGAACAGUACUUCGAAGGGCCGAACUUUGCUGUCGAACCCCUUCUAAGCAACACGUCAAAUCAUGGACAAGAGAAGUAUGCUUGGACGUAUUUUACUUUGGACGUUCCUCGUGGCUCGGCUGGAGCAAAUAUUCACUUUCAAUUAUCAGCUAGUGAGACAAUGGAGUAUGAAGUCUAUGCUAGAUUUGGUGGAUUACCAUCUCUUGAUAACUGGGAUUACUGUUAUAAAAACCAAACCAGCAACAGUGGUGGCUCAACAUUCCUUUCCCUCUACAAUUCAAGUGAUGUAAAGAUAGAUUUCUAUAUUUUAUAUGCCAGUGAAGGAACUUGGGUUUUCGGAUUAAGGCAUCCAGUCAACAGAAGUUUGUCCGAAGAUCGGACUAUUAUGUCGGUCACGCUUGAGCGAUGCCCGAACAAAUGCUCGUCCCAUGGAAGAUGUGAAUAUGCUUUUGAUGCUAGUGGAGCCACAACGUUUAGCUUUUGUUCCUGUGACAGAAACCAUGGAGGCUUUGAUUGCAGCGUUGAGAUAGUAGACCAUAAAGGGCAUGUGCAACAAUCAAUUGCGCUCAUCGCGUCGAAUGCUGCUGCCAUCUUUCCCGCCUUUUGGGCUCUUCGACAAAAGGCUCUAGCAGAGUGGGUGCUGUUUACCUCAAGUGGGAUUUCAAGUGCUUUAUAUCAUGCUUGUGAUGUAGGAACUUGGUGUCCAUUGUCAUUCAAUGUAUUACAGUUUAUGGACUUCUGGAUGUCUUUCAUGGCUGUCGUUAGCACUUUCGUGUACCUAGCCACAAUCGAAGAAGUUUAUAAAAGGGCGAUACAUACCGUUGUUGCAAUCCUAACUGCUCUCAUGGCUAUAACCAAGGCGACACGGACUUCCAAUAUUGCUAUUGUGCUAGCAAUUGGUACACUGGGUCUUCUUGUUGGAUGGCUGAUUGAGUUAUCGACGAAGUAUAGGUCGUUCUCCCUACCGAUGCGAAUUUCUUUGAAUGUGCUUCACAGAUGGGAAUCUAUCAAAGCAUGGGGGCACAAGCUUUUGAAGACUCUAUACAGAAGAUAUCGAUGGGGCUUUAUGAUUGCAGGUUUCACAGCAUUGGCUAUGGCUGCCAUAAGCUGGAAUUUGGAAACUUCUGAAACCUACUGGAUUUGGCAUAGCGUUUGGCACUUCACUAUCUACAUGUCGUCAUUCCUCUUCCUCUGUUCAAAAGAAGCAAGAGUUUUAGACCGUGACAAUUCGAUUGUUCCGAAUGGUGAAAACGAAAGAGGUUCUAACAUAAAUUAUGAAUUGGCUAGGCAGAAUUCGUUGCCUAGAAGUGUAUAGAAAGAAAGAGGCAAUUUUGCGAGUUUCAGCCGAUUGAAGACUUAUACCAAACAAACAUAGCUUUUCAAUUAUUUACUGUAAAUUAUUGUCUACAGGUUUGGGUUUUCUUCUGUGAUAUUCUUUCUUCUUUUGGGAGGACAUGAAUUGUGAAUAUGCAUAACUUAGAUUAGAUAGAAUGAUCACUUGUUUUGGGUUCAAUGAGAAAAACAUUGGAACCAAAAAUAACAGGCUUGAAUUCAUGCCUAGUAUAUCUAUUAUGAUCCUUAUUGAACAAAUUUA